AUGAAUCUAAGCACAACCAAAUGGGUCUCGGCGUUGCAUUCAACAUCGCUUGGCCUCAAUACACUGCCCUGUUGUGUUGGCCUAGCAGAUUUGCAUGGCGAUGGUGAUUAUAAGCUGGUGAUUGGUGAUUAUGGUACCGAAAAAUACAAUAUUCGGCUGAAAGUGUUCAAAGGAAUACAGCUGAUCGGAGAGAGUGUGCUGAGCGAUUUGCCGGCAGCUGUGGCACCGUUCAUCAAUGAACAUGUGCAGCCAAGUUCACCAUCGAUAGCAGUGGCAUGUGGUGCAUCAAUUUUGAUUUACAAAAAUUUAAAACCAUUUUAUAAAUUCACACCUCCGUCGCUUGAAAUUAAUCCAGUGGAGGCAGAAGCAUGGCAUCACUUGGAGGCCGGCCAUAUCGAUACUACGCAACUGCAUGCAGUACUCCUCAAAUUGCUUCACGAGGUACAAGAUACGUAUUCGCAAACUACGUUAGGACUAUAUGAUGUGGAUUAUCGGAUAUUUGUGAGUGAUAGAAAUGCCGAAAUUUUUCGUAUCAAACGCGAUGUGACUUCAAUUCCCGGUCCAAUAAUAACCAUGAAAUCUGACAUCCUCGGUUUGGCCCGAGUCGGUAAACAGCUGGCUGUUGCAUGUGCCGAUCAGACGAUUACAUUCUUCACAGCAAAAGGUAAACGUCAAAACAAAAUGCAACUUAGCGAGCCAAUCCAGGGUAUCGAUACCUUCACUUACGAACCAAAACAAUACGUUGCUUUGCUCGUGGCACUUGAGAAAGAAGUAAGAAUUUAUUGUGAAACAAAUCUCGUGGAUCGGCAGAAAGUUGAUCAGCCGAUUAGCUGGAUACGCUUCGGGCAAUUCGGUCGUGAAGAAGGGGCGCUGAUAAUUGGAACAAAAAGUAAGGAAACGGUGGGGCCACCACAAGCGCAAAAUCGCAAACUGAAUAUUCCGCGACGAACGAAAAUUUAUGUUGACCAAGCAGUGCGAGAACGUGAGCAUGCCCAGCUGAUGCAUCAGGUAUUUCAACGAGAUCUCUUCAUGCUACGGCUUGCCGUUACAAAAGCAUUUGCGAAUUUGAUGCAAAAUUCACUCAGUUCGAUAUCUACCAAAAAGCAUGAAGCUGUUGAGAUAUCCGUCGAAAUCAAUGGUUUCGGACCAAUCUUCCGGAUGAUCAUCAAACUUCGAGCUGCCUCGCAACCACCGCUUCAGCACCACUGGUUGACGUUCCACUACAACCAGGAAUGGUAUCAGUUCGAAAAUUCACUCAUUCCAGUUCCAGCACUGGUCUCCGGAAUGGCCUAUGAAUUCACUACAAUUGUACGGUGUUUGUGCCCAGAGAAUGGUAUUUCGGAUGAUGUCCGAGUACUUCUCGUUGGUCAAGAAAAAGUAAUCGUUGCUGCACUGGUGACCAUGCCUGUGAGUGAGAUGAGCUUGCUCGAUUAG